UUUGGGCAUCAAACAGCUGAACCGUUAGCUGAACAUGAAAGUUUUUCGGUUUCGCAUUGAGCUAAUAUGGAUUAUCUUGUCACUUUGCCUUCUUCUGCAAGGCCCUGUCCUUGUUGCCUACAAUGGCAACGGACCUUCAGCCUGUGAACAUGUGGAGUACAGCGAUAAUAAGCCAGAGGUGACGGUUUCUGGCAUGGAGAAUCAAGAAGGCCAUCAGUUAAUUCGUAGUAAAUUCACCAGAUCUCUUCGGUUUACAGUCGUGCCUAUGCCUUCAAGGAGAAGUCUACUCCCCUAUUGGGAUGGAAAACACCCAAUUCCUAUCACUCAGAGAGCACCAGCACGACCUCCCUUCAGGAAGCCGCCCAGGCCAGGCAACUGAUUUAAUUAGUUCUGCCUGCAGGAGAAGAUGGCUCUUCGAGGAAAGAUGUCAAAAUAAAAGUUCAUUAUUGUGUCUAAAU